CAGAGUAAAAUAAAAAAGCGUGGAACUUGAGAACAGCCAAAUCGUUUCCGAACUAUAUAAACAUAUUUAUAAGAAUUUGGGUGACGACAUUGCAACAAAAAAAAAAGGCAAGCAGAGAAAAAUAACAAAUCAAAAAACGUGAAUUUAACGUAAAUGGCGUUGAGUGAGAAAACCCAAACGAAUUUCUCAUGCGCAACAGAACAACAGAAACAGAGAAAAAACAAAAACAACAAACCCAAAGACAUACAUACAGAGUAGACAGUGAUUUGGAAAUUCAAAAUUUUGUAAUCAAACGAAAGCUUUGGAAUUGGAUUGGCAGCCGUAUAUCGUCGAUAGCAAGCCCCUCGCUCAAUAACAGCAAAAUCAGCAAGAGCCGCUUUGAGCAAACAACAUGAAUUUACUGCUGCAUCAGAAAGGAUCAAUGCAACUCAAAUCGCAUUACAUCUUUCAGAAUUUCUACAAGCGCAAUUUGAGAACGAGCAGUUAUGCAUCAUACAAAGCAACGAGACAAGGACAGCAGAAGGCGGAAGCUUCAGCUCCUUCACAGUCAUUGGACAUGCGGCAUAGGAGAUUGUUCGGUGAACCCUCAUUGAUGAUUAGCAGCGGCAGCAGUCCGCGUAAUUAUGUUUAUUAUCAAUAUCAUUUUGCCGGCCAUGGCUAUCGACAUAUUCAUGCGAGUCGCACGCUCUUUGAGUCCCCUUCGAAAAUCGAUGCGACCGUCAAGAAGCUAAAGAAUCAGCAAAAGGAAAAGGUCGAGGAGAUCAUGAAGGAGGUGGCCAAUGGCCAAGUCGCUGAUAAAGUGAACAACACAGCGGCCUCAGUGAGCAGCGCCCAUGUCGGCAAGGCGACCCUCGAAACAAGCGCAGGUUCAAGCGCAAAAGGCGAGGGAACUUCAACGGGUAGUGAAUUAACGGAGACAUCAUCCAAAGCCUUGGUGAAGCCAAAGAAGCCACUGCAGCAACGCAUUUGGGAUGAGAUCGUGCAUUAUUAUCAUGGCUUUCGCCUGCUCUUUAUUGACACAGCGAUUAGCUCAAAGCUCUUGUGGUCCGUCCUCAACGGAAAGACCCUGACGCGACGUGAGAAUAAGCAACUGCAGAGGACGACAUCGGAUCUGUUCCGAUUGAUACCGUUCUCUGUGUUUAUAAUCGUUCCAUUUAUGGAGCUGCUGUUGCCGGUGUUUAUUAAAUUCUUUCCGGGCAUGUUGCCGUCCACAUUUCAAACGGCCAAGGAUCGUCAGGAGCGCUUAAGGCAAUCGCUGGCCGUGCGCCUCGAGGUUGCCAAAUUUUUACAGAAGACCCUCGGACAAAUGCCCGUUCAGCACGUGGAGCACUCCAGCGAGGAGGCCAAACAGUUUGAGGCAUUCGUUCACAAAAUUCGCGAUCCCAACGAGACAGUGAGCAACGAUGAGAUCAUCAAGUUUGCAAAGCGUUUCGACGAUGAGAUCACUCUCGAUUCGCUCAGUCGCGAACAAUUGGCGGCACUGUGUCGUGUCCUCGAGCUGAACACAAUUGGCACCACAAUGCUGCUGCGUUUCCAGCUGCGUCUCAAGCUGCGCUCCCUGGCCACCGAUGAUCGUGUCAUCUCCCGCGAAGGCGUCGACUCCCUCGAUCUCUUCGAGCUGCAGCAGGCGUGCAAGUCACGUGGCAUGCGUGCCUAUGGCCUAACAGCCGAGCGUCUACGCUUCCAGCUAAAAGAGUGGAUCGACUUGUCGCUUAAUGAACAGGUGCCGCCCACAUUGCUGCUGCUAUCGCGUGCGAUGUUCAUCUCGAAUGACAGCAUUACCACAGAUAAGCUGAAGGAGACAAUGCGCGUGCUGCCGGAUGCGGUGGCUGCGCACACACGUCAUGCGAUUGGCGAGCGUGAGGGUAAGGUGGAUAACAAGACGAAGAUUGAGAUCAUCAAGGAGGAGGAGCGUAAGAUUCGCGAGGAGCGCGAAGAGGAGCGCGAAGAGAAGAUUGCCAGUCGGACGGUCAACAAGGAGGAGCUGGCAGCACCGUAUGUCUUCAUCGAGGAGGCUGCCAAGGUGCCGCAUUUGAUGGAGAAGGAGCUGGAGGUGAAGUCUGAUGAGAAGACCAUCUCACCGACGGAUGUGCAGCUGCUUUCCGAUGCUUUGAAUACGCUCUCAUCCGACAAACAGUUGGUUGUGGAGAAGGAGACGAUUAAGGAGCUGAAGGAAGAGCUGCGCGACUACCAGGAGGAUGUGGAGGAAUUGCGCGAGGUGCGCCAAGUGGUUAAGGAGCCGGUGCGCGAGAGUCGAGCUGCCAAGCUUCUCUAUAAUCGUGUCAACAAAAUGAUCUCCCAAUUGGAUACCGUAUUGGGCGAUCUGGAGCAACGCCAGCAACAGAUUAAGCAGGUGGAUAGCACUGAUGAAGUCGCAGACAGUGAAAACGUCAAUCAAAUGGUGCACAUCGAUGAACUGGUGGCCACCAUCCGGCGCAUGAGGGAGGCAUCCGAUGGAGAGCGUUUUAAGGUCGUCGAAGAUUUGCUGGUCAAACUAGAUGCCGACAAGGAUGGCGCCGUUUCGGUAAAUGAGAUAACCAAGGUGGUGCAGAGCAUCGACAGCACGGCCAUUGAUAAGAAACAGCUGGAGGAGUUCACCGAGCUGCUCACCAAGCAGGCGACGAAGAGUCGCCACGAGGAGCUUGUCCACAUCGAUGAUCUCAUGCUGAACAUCAAGAAGCUGAAGGAGACUAGCGAUGAGGCAAGGCUCAAGCACAUCGAAAGUGUGCUGGACAAGUUUGAUGCGGACAAGGAUGGCGUCGUAACCGUUAACGAAAUACGCAAGGUGCUGGAGUCCAUUGGCCGGGAUAACAUCAAGCUGGGCGAGAAGGCGAUUGAGGAGCUCAUCACUCUGCUGGACAAGGAGCAGAUUCUCGAGGCAGAGCAAAAGAUUGAGAAAGCGAUUGCGAAGAGCAUGAAGGAGGCGGAAAAACUUAAAACGGACUUGGAGAAAACGGAUAAGGAUAUGGCCAAGCUCGUUGAUGGCAUACACGAUUCAGCGAAGGAGAUAAGGGACAUUGCCACCGAUUUGGGCGCCUUGGAUCGCGAGAGGGCCGCUCAGCAGAAGCUCGAAGACGAGAUGAAAGACAGUGCUAAAUUGCUGAAGGACAAUGCUAAGGAAUUGCCCGAUUUGUUGGCCAAAGGUCCGAAGGAUAGCAAAAAGGGACCCGGAUCGCCACCAUCCUCGCCCGAAAAUACUGAUGGAGGUAGUAGCAGCAAAAGCAACACCAAGGGCAACACCAACAGCAACAGCAGUAGUGCCAGCGAUGCGGACACCGAUAAAUCGACAAAGGCGGCGCUUCUCGAGGCAACCGAGCGUCACAUCGAGAAGCUCCUGCCCCAAAACGACAUCGGUCUGCCGCCAACGAUACCCACACCAUCAACAGCGGCCCAGCCGAAGGCAACUGCGGCGGCAAACGGGACGACCGGCGCAUCCGCCGCCCCCAAGAAGCUCAUCUGACCUGGCGAGCCGAAAUGCAAAAGAGCGUUGACAAAGAAAAAACCAGAGAAAACACCUAGGACGAAAUGAGCAAGCAGAUGUUAUAAUUGCAAUUAAAUAGAUAAUUAAUACCACAGACCUUUUAACUUGAAUUUGCAAUUCGAUGAUGUAGCAACUCUGUAUUUGAAUGCAUCCUAGGCAGGUGGAGCUCCCUUACGCGAGGCUGUUUUAAGUAUGUAAAGCAAAAAAAAAAAAAGAACGAAAAGAAACGGUGCACAAAUCAAAUACUAUUUACUAUUAUACAAGAGAACAACAACCAUCUGGGCUAAUAUCGUAACAACAAAAACUACCUUAAUGAAAUAUUCAGUUUGUUUUCUACCGCCCUAGUUUUAUCCGUAUUUAUAUGUUUGAAUGUAUGUGCUGGUCAAUCCAACUACUUGGCUCUACAAUAUGAGCGAUUGUGAUCAUAAAGCGAUAUCUUAAUUUACAUUACAUUUUUAAUUAUAAUAUCUAAACUAUAACGAUUUGAAUUCAGUUGUAGUCUUUGCAGCAAAAUCACAAAACGAAAUUAAAUGAAAAUGCAAACAAAAAAUCAACGUGAUACUUUUUUAACAAUAAUAAAAUUUAUGCUAAACUGAUUUAGAUAACAAUUUGUAAAAGUGUUUUCCAAUAAGAAAUAAAGUGGACAAGAAGCUAAUAUAAACCG